AUGGAGGGGUUUCUUGUUGGAAGGCUAGAAGGAGCACCCGAGGAAGACGAUGAUGAGGACCAGCGGCUUCCGAUGCCAAAACCAGACCUCAGUAUCAAACCCGAGGAUAGCGAUUUCAAUCCCGAGUCGCCAACCAUCAUCGCCGGACGUGCAGCACUUAAAGUUGUCUUAGCUGGUACUGCUGCAUUUUUGGGAUACGAGUUGUAUGCUCGAACGCCGAAGAUUGGAUGGCUUCAUCAUCAACAUGGAGGAUUCUUGAAAGGUGUACUGCUCUCAUCUCUAACGAUUAUUUCCUUGGCUGCUGGAGCUGGACUAUAUCUCAAGAAAUCGUUCAGCGGGGGGAACAAAUCGCCAUAUUCCUACCCAGCACACUUCAAGCCCUCGGUCCAUAUCGCAAAACCUAUCACGAAGGUCAAAGGUUAUCUUCGACCUGAGGAAUACCAAAAGCUUCCUCUUUUCAAAAAAGACAAGUUAUCAUCCAAUACGUACAGAUUUGUUUUCAAACUUCCUACGCCACAAACAAUCCUGGGCCUGCCAGUUGGCCAGCAUAUUAGCAUCCGUGCGGAAGUGGAUGGCAAGCCAAUAAGCAGGUCAUAUACGCCUGUAUCAAAUAAUUCUGAUCCUGGAGAGCUCCGUCUGGUGAUCAAAUGCUACCCCGACGGUCACCUUACUGGUAAAUACAUGGAAAAAUUACAGAUUGGAGACUUAGUAGAGGUGCGUGGACCGAAAGGCGCAAUGAGGUACCGUAAGGGUAUGGUAAAGGAGAUUGGGAUGGUGGCUGGUGGAACAGGUAUUACUCCAAUGUACCAGCUCAUUCGCGCCAUUUGCGAAGAUCCUACGGAUAAUACCCACGUAACACUCCUCUACGGCAACAAAAGUGAAUCCGAUAUUCUCCUCCGCAGCAAACUCGAUGAGUUUGCUCAAAAUUACCCUGAUAAUUUCAAUGUACACUACGUGCUCUCAGACCCGCCUAAUGAUUGGCGAUAUGGAACUGGAUAUGUCACAAAGGAUUGA